AUGGGGGGCAAAUCCGCUACCAAGUCCGCUUACUUCGAUAAGCUCAAGGGGCUUCUUGACGAGUACAAGACUAUUUUCAUCGUCUCCGUCGACAAUGUCAGCUCCCAGCAGAUGCACGAGAUUCGUGUGAGUCUCCGUGGCGAGGGUGUUGUCCUUAUGGGCAAGAACACCAUGGUCCGCCGUGCUCUUAAGGGUUUUGUCAACGACAACCCCGAGUACGAACGUCUCCUGCCUUUCGUCAGAGGCAACGUUGGUUUCAUCUUCACCAACGCCGACUUGAAGGCUAUCCGUGAAAAGAUUCUGGCCAACCGUGUCGCCGCCCCUGCUCGUGCUGGUGCCGUCGCCCCUCUCGAUGUCUUCAUUCCUGCCGGAAACACUGGUAUGGAACCUGGUAAGACAUCUUUCUUCCAGGCUCUCGGUGUCCCCACCAAGAUUGCUCGUGGUACCAUUGAAAUUACCUCCGACUUGAAGCUCGUUGAGGCUGGUGCCAAGGUCGGUGCCUCCGAGGCCACCCUUCUUAACAUGUUGAACAUCUCUCCGUUCACCUACGGUAUGUCCAUUACUCAGAUCUACGAUGAUGGUCAGACCUUCGGUGCCGAUGUUUUGGACAUCGAGGAUGAGCAACUCCUCAAGGCCCUCAGCAUUGCUGCCAACACCAUUGCUUCCAUCUCUUUGGCCGCCAACUUCCCUACCGUGCCAUCCGUUUUGCACUCGGUUGUCAACACCUACAAGAAGGUCCUGGCCAUUGCUAUUGAAACUGAAAUCAGCUGGCCUGAGAUCGAGGAGCUUAAGGACCGUAUCGCCAACCCUGACGCUUACGCCGCCGCUGCUCCUGCUGCUGCCGCCGCCGCCACUGACGGCGGUGCUGCCCCAGCUGCCAAGGAGGAGGAAGAAGAGGAGGAGGAGAGUGACGAGGGUGGAUUCGGUGGUCUCUUCGACUAA